GCGCCCGCUUUCUUUUUCUUUCCAUCCCCGCGGUGUCGAAAAUCCAUCGGGGGAGACGGAGGAACUGCGCUGACAAGUGGAUCUCGCAAGGGGUGAUGCGGUUCCUGCAGACCGAAUGGCACAAACAUGAACGCGACCGGAAUCGUUGGGAGAUCGAGCGGGCGGAGAUGAAGGCUCGGAUUGCGAAGCUGGAGGGAGAAAACCGCGCCGAAAAACGACUACACCAGGUGCACCUGGCCCGGAUCAAAAUUCUAGAGAGGGCGCUUAAGAAAGAGAGGGCAGAAAGGGCCAUGGGGGAGGGGAGAAACGCAGACGACGUCAUCAAAGAUGAGACAGCGCAGGCCGAGAAGGAUAAGGCGAGGGUGGCGGAAAAGCUCAAACGCCUAGAUGAAACCUCAUCGGUGUACAAAGCAGAGGCGGCGCGAAACAAGAGUCGAGCGUACCUCGAGAAGUGCCUUCAAGAGAUCACCUAUCUGUUGAAGCCACCGAGCCAUCCUGCUCCGGCGCAGCAGCCACAGCCACAACAGCAGGUUAUGAGUGCCGAAGCCAUGUCUCAUCAGCAGCAAGCACAGUUCGCCCUGAUCCAGCAGCAGCAGGCCCAACAGCACGCGAACCUCCAGCAGCACUUGCAGCACCCCUCACCUUCCCCGAACCACCAGCCGCCUCCCCCGCCGUCGCAGUCCAAUCGCGAAACAGCACAAUCUCACCCGAUGCGCUCUCAAGGCGGCGCCCCUAGUCAUAUGCCCAACGCAUCUCCAUACUUGGAUGAUCGUCCCCAGGCAGCGCAACAGCACAUCCCCUCCGGUGAUGCGGGCGAGAAGACACAAGCCGGGUAUUCAUCUAUAAAGCACGAAUAUGGAAAGAAGGAGACCAACCCGUUUUCGGCGGCGGCCGGUAUCGAAGUGGCCAUGAGGCGCCGGGAAACCCAAGAGACCGCCGACGAUGCGGGGUGGGAUUUCGAUGACAAGAUAGGAAGCAGUAGCGACACCGAUUCAGUAUCCUCUUCCGAAGAACUCAAUGAGUAUGGGAAUCAUAGCGGUCGGAAUAACAUCGACUCACACCGGAGGAAAUCGCUUUCCAAAAGACGAUCCAUCGUCGGACAGGAUUUCUCUGUGGGUUCGACAAAGCCGGAUUCAAACUUCAAGGUGAAGUUUGCGCUUCGGGGUCAUCUGGAUGUUGUGCGGGCAGUUGUAUUCACGGGUGGGGGGACGGUAAACGAACCUGAGAUUUGCACGGCUGGUGAUGACGGCGUACUCAAGCGGUGGUACAUUCCCGGCAGCUAUGGACUUUCUAUGAGUGGUUCGUUGGAUGUGGAUGUGACAAGCCAUUUCACCCAUCGCGGACAUGCCGGAAUAGUCACCUGUCUAGCAGCAUGUCCGGCAAGCAACGGCGAUGGGGUUGGAGGUAGUGGUUGGGUCUUUUCGGGAGGACAGGAUUCAACUGUGAAGGUUUGGGAAGCCGGAAGGGUGGACCCAGUGGCCACACUGGUGGGACAUACCGACGCGGUUUGGGCGGUGUGUGUCCUGCCAUCGGCCUCCGCCAUCCUCGGCUCACCAGACGAACGCGUGCUUCUCGCCUCCGGAUCGGCGGACGGAACUGUCAAGAUCUGGAGUGUUACAUCUCCUCCCGCUCCCCCGCGACGGCCUUCAUCUUCCGCAUCGAAUUCGAGCACAGGAAGCCUCCGCUCAUUCAGCACAUUCAACAACAACCCCGCAACAUCGGCAUUCGACUAUUCGCUGAUCUCCACCAUUAAAAGACCAACCAAUGCUGAGAAACCGGAUGUCAUUGCGUCUCCCACCUGCAUCAUACCCAUGAGUGUCACGGGCGAUACCUUUAUCGUAUCGUACAAUGACGCCAGCGUCAUCAUCUACGACACCGCAUCAUGCGAGGAGGUGGUGUCUAUGGCAUCACAGGAAACCUACGACGGCACGCCUGCGACUGGGGUCUCCUCUGUCGUCGCCACAACUAUGAGUCUCGAAUCCGGCGCUGAACCCGGAAAAGAAGAGGACAUACUCGUGGCAGGCGCUACGGGUCAAGCGGGUGGCGUUGGCGGAGUGGUUAUCUCCGGCCACGAAGAUCAAUAUGUGCGCAUCUUUGAUGCCAAUAGUGGUCAAUGUACAUACACGAUGCUGGCACACCCCGCUGCGAUUUCGAGUCUCGCUCUCAGUCCUGAUGGCCGCGAGUUGGUUAGCGCCGGCCACGAUGCGAGCCUUAGAUUCUGGAGCAUGGAGAAACGAUCAUGCACACAGGACCUCACGCCUCACAGGCUCAUGCGCGGCGAAGGUGUCUGCACAGUUGUUUGGAGUGCCGACGGCAAGUGGGUUGUGAGUGGAGGUGGCGAUGGUGUGGUCAAAGUGUAUUGUAGGUAGAAGAAGACGCUUGCGUAGAGUGGAGGGAAACC